AUGAGUACUACCACCAUAAAUAACAAGCAAGUUCUUAAAGACAUAAAAGAGUAGUUGGAGAAAGAAUACUCUGACAUUCAGUAAAUUAAUCAAGUGAUCAUAAAGCUGGCUUAGAAGAAGAAUCUUUCAUCAAAUGACAUUGACACUGCUCGGGAAAUGAUGAAGAUUAAUUACAAGAAGAACUAAAUCACAGUCCUCAAGCCAAAGAGAAAAGAUGUAUCUGUGGAAUAAUCAUCAAUCAAUUUGGAUUUGAAUAUAAAGAGCAAUGAUUACAUAGCUUAUGACAGGAGAUAGCUAGAGCCUCUCAAGAUCAAAACAAAUCUUCAGAGCAAGCCCAGUAUUAGAAAUCAAAGUAAAACCAAUGUUCUCCCUUCAAUCGUCUCCCCUAAUAAUGCAAGCAAUUUUCUUGUUCACGCAGAUGAUGAUAAGUCAAUGUACAGAUCAUCCGAGAGAAAUGUUGAGGUGCUGAUGAAUUAAAGGAACAAGCAGCUUGAUCCUUGGAAAUUAAUGAUAGACGAUGAUUUGAACCGUUACGAUAAAGAAAAAUAAUUGGGUGUCGCUUAAAAAAGAAAUUCUUAAUCAAAUUACAAGGACUAUCUUGAGAAAUAAAUGGAAUCAAUUAAAGCUUAGAAAUAAUUCGCCUCACAACUAAACAUGCAAGAGGCUGAAUUACUGAAUGAAAAUUUGAGGAGAGUUGAGUAAAGAGAAAGAGAAAAGGCUUAAAACUACAGAGACAAGAUUAAAGGAAUCGUUGAGCAAAAUGAUUAACAAAAAGUUAAUUUACUUAUUUAACAGUAAAAAAUGAAGCUUUAUCAAAUGGAAAAAGAUAAAAGAGAAGCUAUUGAUGCUGAUUUCAGAGACAAAAUAAAGAUACAGGAGGAGAUUCAAGCCAUCAAAGAGAAGCAAAGGAAAGUGAGUACAGAUCUGGAUUACUUGAGAUAACAAAAUAAAACUAUGUCUUAGACCCAUCAUAACUCAUAAUUUUCAAGCUAAAGACUUAGUCCAAGAGAAUCACUAGACCAUGGGACUAUAGCUAAUCCAUUUGUGGAUAAAGCUGAUAUUGUGAGACAUAAGAAUAAGAUCAAUGAACUUGAUGCUAGGAAUAAAUUCAAUAUGCAGAAUUACGAAGCAUACACCGUCAGUCCUAAGGAACGUAGCUUGACAAGACUAGAGCAAGAUGUGAACUUUUAAACAAUCUUGGAUGAGAGAAAUAAGCAAAAGCAACAAGAAACAUCUAUCUUUUAAAAAACUUUGGCUGUUGAUAAUCAAAACUUGAGUGUUCUCAAAUCAAGGAAAAAUGUUGAAACUAUUCAACAGCAGAUUCAUCUUGAUAGAAUCAUUAACUAAGAAGAUUUAGAAUCUUCAUUCAAGGUGAAAGAGCAGAUUAUUAUGGAGAAGAAGUUGAAACAAAGAAACUAUCAAAUAGGCUUAAAUGAGCAGAUACAGAAGACCAGAACUCAUAAGGCUUAGCAUGAGAGAGAUCUAUCCCCUGCAGAGAUUGCUCUUAAUAAGGGUCGCCUUUAGCACAUAGAUAAUUGGAAUCAAGAUGCCAUGUCUAGCUAUCAACAUAUAGUAACAUCUUUGAGAGAUAAUAUGGAAAAUUAUAAUCCAAUGAAGAAGUAGAGCAAGGAGAGUCUAUACAAAAAGUUAGUGGACGCCUACUUCUCCAUCAUGCUCUAACUCCUCAAAAACAAAGCAAUUGACUAGCUUUGGGCAUGUGUUUUGAUUUUCAUAAUGUUUUCCCAAGUUUUUGCAGGCCUUUUUGAAAGAGGGAUACUUAAUUGGCAGGAUGAGAUGCUUUUAGAGCCUUUUACUAUAUUUUGUGAGUAUAUUAGAGUUGUCCCUGCCAUUGAUAGAUCAAAGUCAGCCACCUACUACUGGAUCGUAUUCUAUUUCGUUUACUUGCACUAUUCUCUAAAAAACACCUAUUUUUAUUUGGAAUCAUUGGUUUAGUUGCUCAGAUACUUACUGGUAAUUUCAAACUGCGUUUUGUUUUUGCCUUUUUACGAAAUAUUUAUUUCCAUCUUCAGAUGUGAGGAUGGGCAUCACUACCUUAUUGCCACUUUGGAGUGCUAUCAAACAGAGCAUGCUAUUGCAUGCUUGCUUUCAGUAUUAGCCCUUAUGGUGUAUUUAUCAAUUAAUGCAGUAAUUGCUUUACUUUAUAAUGAGACUUAGCCUGUAAAGGGAGAUGCAUUAUCUAGAUUAGAUUCUAAUUUUGAAGUUAUAAUGCUUAUUUACAGAGUUUUAAUUGGUACUCUGUCUCAGUUUUGUUUAUCUGGAUUUUGCUCAUGGAUAUUGAUAGCUUUUUCCUUUAUCAGUUCACUCUAUUUUCAGUAUUAAUAUUUUAAAUUCUUACCUUACUACAACAACUUUGUUUCUAUAUUUUUUGGUUCGAUGGUUGGCAUAUACACUUGGAUAACAAUAAACGGAAUUCUCACGUAAUUCUAUGAUGUAUAAGGCCAUAUUGUGAUAAUUUUUAUUGGAAUUCCAAUCAUAUGUGCACUUAUCAAAAGAAUCAGAGAAACAAGGAUAGAGAGUCUAAUGAUGUCUACCACCGAAAAAAUGCAAAGCGAUAUUGAUUCACUUAAUUAAAUAUGCCUCAUUCAAACAUGGCUGAAUGACGGAGGCAAGCACUCAGAUCUCGAUAAGGAGAUGAAGGUCAAGGGCUUAAUUAACCUUCACAUAGCUGAAUGUACUAUAGAUGACUGUGUUUGCAAGAACUUAGAUGAAUUAUACGAUAUUUAGAAUGACCAGUAUUUGAACACUAUGAAUUCAGAAGAUAUGCAUUCAAAUCAGGUGUUUGUUAAUCACUUUAACAAGUAGUUAUAUACUGAGGCUCUAAACAAAUUUAUCAAUUCACCAUCAAUACAUAUUUCAUUCGCUUUUUAUCACUUUUCUGCGAUGAAAAAUAUACAUGCAGCUUUACACGAGCUAAAAAUUGCCUCUAAAAAGAGGCCGACUUUAUAGCAGUAGUUCACAAUUUUUAGAUAUCAAAACAUCAUCGAAUUAUUCAUUAAAAAGGAAUCAGAAAAAAUGAAGCAUAUUUAUGAAUAGCUUACUAAUGUCAAAGAGUUCGAGAGAUUAUUCCAAGACAUGUAGAAAUAAAUUGAAAAGGUGUGCAACUACCAAGUGGAGUUCUGGACUCAUUUGACUACUGUAGUUCCUGAUCUGAAUUUCUUAAAUGACUUGAAUAUUAAGAUAUUUAAUGCAGCUCAUGAAGCAGAUAAUUUAUGGUAUCAGUUAAGUGAGAUUAAUUCAAAUUACCCUAAUGCCUUAAAUCUCUAUGGGGAGUAUCUAACCUUUAUCAGGAAUAAUCAGCAGGCAGGUAAAGAAUACUUUGACAAAGCACAUAAUGUCGACUUCGCCUAGAAAAGUAUCUAGGAUCAUGUCAAGAGAUCAGAUAUAUUAUUCACUGAGGAUAGCACUGUAUUUCAUAUAAGUGGUAAUCGGGAAUCCAGUGGCAGAGUUCUAAAAGUAUCUUAAGGGCUAUUUAAAUGUUUUGGUUUCUCAAAGUAAGAAGUCAUAGGGCACAAUAUAACAAUUGCUAUGCCUAGUCUUUUCGCAGGCAGACAUAACGAGUUUCUAGAUUGCUACUACCGAACAGGAAGAACAAAUAUAUUCAAUAGAGAAAGAUAGCUCUUUGCCUAGAACAGACAAGGCUAUUGCUUCACAAUGAAAAUCCUUAUAAAGCAAAUGCCUUCAUUGAAAGAGGAAGUUUAGUAUGUGGGAAUGGUAAAACCUGUAACCACAGAUUUUGAAUAUAUUCUAACUGACAUGCAGGGCAAUAUAGAUAGUUUCACCAAUGGAAUUGGAUCUAUUCUUAGUCUAAAUCCAUAGCUAUUUAAAGAUAGCAUGAGUGUAAAUAUACAAAUGCUUGCUCCAGAACUGAUAUCAAUUUUUGAAUACAGAAAGCCUGGCUUUUCAAAAUAGGGCUAAAAUGAAGAUUAAAAUUACAAAAACUACUACAGAAGACCAAGUUUUAAUUCUUUCUAAUUUGGUUAGAGCAAGUUUAUUUCAAACAACAAGUAUUCGGUGCCAGGUGGAGACUAGUUAUAAUUCAUUGUACCAAAUAACUUUGGCUAGCUUAUAAAGUCGGAAAAGCCUCAGAAGUCUAAUCGAACAAACGGCAAAAAAAAGAAUGAUGACACUAGCAUUUAAGGUGGAUCUGUUCAGCAAAAUAAUCCCAAUAAAUUUGUUAAAAGUGCACCUUUCAGAGAGUUCAUCAAGUAUUUGACAAAAGGCAGAAACUAUGGAAAGAAGCCUCCUGAUGUCAAGAAAUUGCUAAACUGCAAAGAAUACAGAGAGUUUGAUGUCAAGAAGGUUAUGAACAUAGAGAUCCGUGAAUGGACUAUUUCACUAGGAAACAACGAGGAAAAAGGCUUGAAACUUUUGUUGUUUAUGAUUGCUAAAAAUCAAUCAGACAAAAGACCUGAUGAGCAGCAGAAUAGCGUAGAUGGAAAUCAGCAUGAUAAGUAGCAACCUCCUAAUAUCAACCAAUAGUUUAUUGAACCGAAUUACGAUCAGCAAAACGAUCAACAGCAAUAUCAAUUUUAAUAGACUCAAGGCGGAUCGAUGAGUCAUACCCCGUCUAAGUUCAAGAAAAACGCAAUAUAAAAUAUGCCUAACCAAAAAAUGCCAAAUGCAACUUAGUUUGCAAAUCCAAUGGGCCUGAAUCUUUAAUCCUCAGGAUUGACAUCAAAGAUCUAAAAUUAGUAAAUUCUAAAAAACCAAGGGCAUCUGUAAUAGGCCAUCAGCUUUUUAGAUAUGGACUAGGCUUAAAUUAAUAACGAUGGAGGUGGCUAGAAUACUUUAAGAGAGGAAAGAUCGAAUGAUAUGCCUAGUGUGCCAUCGCUUUCUAAAGAAAGAUCCGUAAAUAACUAGAGGUCUAAUAAUCAUGAUGACUUGGAAUUUGAUCCUCAGUCUCAGAAGUAUAUGAGCCAUAAAAAGGAUCUCGAUAAGAUACUCCAAUUUGAGAGGCAGGAAACAGAUGAGCAAGAAGAUGAUAAUGAGGACUAAAUAGACACAGAUAGAAUUGAUGUUAAAAAGGAGAUUGUUUUGAAUGAUGAGAUUAAGUAGAACACUAAGAGUUUUGAAGAAAACUUUAGAACUGAUUCAAAGCAGACUAUUUAAAAAAUGGAAUCACAAAAUAUGGUUUAAGUUUAGCAGAGAGAAGCAGGAAAUAUAAUCAGAAAUCCAUACGCAGUUACUACUCACACACCACCUAUAGGCAGUAAUACUCAGACUGCCUAGAACAGCUCGAAUCUAUUCAAGGAAGAUUAAAAGAAUCAAUUGAAGGAAAAACCAUUCAUGGAAAAGAUCAGUCAGAGUAAAGAUGAUGACGAGGGUGCAGAAGAUGACGAGAGUUUAGAAGAUAAUGAAGAUAAUGAAGCCGACUAUGAUGAUGAUGAGGGCGCAGAUGAUGAUGCUAUGGCUUCCCCUCUUGGUUCUGGAGGCUAAUCUUAAGAAGGAUCAGACGAGGACUUGUUAGAAAAUAAAAGGCGAAUCAAAAGAAGAAGUGAGGGCUAUGCUUCAGAUGCAAGAUCUGGUGGAUCCAAUAGAAAUUCAAAUGUUAUAGCUGGAUAAACAGAAUGGAAUGUAAGCUAGUAAAAUAGCAGAUAGCUAUAACAACAAAAUUUGAACCCAAUGCUAGGAGGGAUACCUCAGCCUGAAAAGAUUCCUAAAAUUCAUGAUUAUGCAAGAAUAGUUACAAAUCCAAGAUAUUAAUGUUUUGAUAAUGAAACCUGUGGGUCUGCUUUGUUUAACGAUUGUAAUUGCAGUGAAAAGGAGCUAGACAUUAGAGAAAUUAUCAAGAAAAAUCAAGCAACCAAGAAAAGAAGAGAAAAGCGGAGAAAGCUCAAGAAAGAUGAAGAGGAUAAGAAAUAAGAUGGCCCAGAAAACCAAUAGAUGGAUAAAGACAAGAAUGGAGACCCUCUCAAAAAGCAAGAUACUCUUGAUAAAGAAAAUCCAGAUGAUAAAUCCAAGACUAAGGUAAAGAGAAUGAGAGGAAAGAGAAAGGAAAGCAAUUCAGGAUCGGAAAGCAAAAGUAAAAGUAGAAGUCGAAGAAGUGAAAGUAGAAGUAAGAGUAGAUCCUCUGAAGAUAGAAAUAAUAAGUCUUAGGAUGAUGAGGAUAUUGAGGAAGAUUAAGACAAUAGAAUGCCUGAAUGA